UUUUAAAGAAUAUCCAAAUGAGCUCCUAUUUUCUAAACUCGUUCUCAGGGCGCUAUCCGAAUGGGUCCGACUAUCAGUUACUAAAUUAUGGGACUAACGGCGCAGUGAACGGUUCUUACCGGGACUCUACGGGCAUGCAUUCCGGCUCUUUCGGUUACACCUACAAUGGGAUCGACCUUAGUGUAAAUCGCUCUAACAAUAAUGCCCACUUCGGUACGGUUGGGGAUAACGGCCGUGCUUUCCAGAACCCGGGCACGGACAACCGGUACCGUCAAACGAGCUGCUCGCUUGCUUCUCCAGAUGCCCUUCCCUGCACCAACAGCGACAGUCUCAACCUAAAAGGCACCUCUGGCUCAUCUGACCAGACUACGACCGGGGGCAACAGUGCACUCAUCACCAACAGCAGCAAUCUCAGCAGCAACAACACACACUUUGCAGAAACGGACGAAGCAAAUGUCUCUUCGGAGCCGGAGGAAGGCGCGCAAGCUAACCAUGCCACUCCACGCACGCAGAAACAAGAGCCCGCGGCACCUUCCACUACAACACCCGGGGACGGCCAAACACCACAAAUCUUUCCAUGGAUGCGGAAACUUCACAUUAGCCACGAUAUGACUGGACCUGAUGGGAAACGGGCUCGAACUGCCUACACACGCUAUCAGACGCUAGAGCUGGAGAAAGAGUUCCAUUUCAAUAGGUAUCUGACCCGGAGGAGGAGGAUAGAGAUAGCCCACGCUCUCUGCCUCACCGAGAGGCAAAUUAAAAUAUGGUUCCAGAAUAGGAGGAUGAAAUGGAAAAAGGACAACAAGCUGAAAAGUAUGAGUCUUGCUACGGGAGGAAGCGCCUUUCAAAACUGAUUGAAUUGGUUGAGAAUCUUCAACUACUGUUAUAGCACUGCACCUUUCUGCUUGUCAUUAUCAGGCGUCAUUUCUCUGUGUGACUGGUGUAACACGAAUUGUCAACCGUUGAGUAUUGUUCUAUCCCAUAUGCCAUAGGGUUACAGUUAACAGCCGCCGUAAAUUAAGUGUAAAUGCUACGUAUCAAGUUUAUACUUUCGUGGAAGAAAGCAUGUUCCAUGUAAGCUCUUUGUGCGCAACUUUAAACAUGUAAAAGGAAUAUUGUACAGUAUCAACGCGAACUACCUAUAUCAUCUAGUCAAAAAAAAAACUUUGUUGUAUUCUUAUGAACUUGUAUAGGGACGUCAAUGUAGACUGUUUUCCAGUUUUGCAGGACAUUUAUGCUUGUGCCGCGUUUAUUACGUUCUUGGAUAGGAUUGUUACAUUGCGAAAAGAAAUCCUCUAUAUUCGCACUUAGGCUACAUUUGUGUACUUUAUGUUGCAUUUGAACAUUUCUGGACAGGAUUUUGUGUCCAUGACGAGUGAAAUAUGUUUGAUGUACAGUUGUGACCAAUAUUUUAUUUGUACACUGUGAGUGGUGAAUGUUCCGUGUUUAAAAAAAAAAGCUAAGAAAAUGUUUUAACGUUGAUAUGCUGGGAAUUUUUUGCCAGCCGGCAUUUUUUUCUAUUUGUGUCUGGAUUAAAAAUGGCUGAUGAAUCUAAUUUGAAAAAUAAAAAUUCUUUUAGUCUCAAGAUGCUUUAGUGUCUCUUUGCACAUCAUUGCACUUUUGGGACCAGUUACCUUAACAGUGGGUCACCACUCUCGUUCAAUUCAAACACUCAUAGUUUACAGUUAUUAUCGUAUUAAUAUAUUCUUCGUAAUCUAUGUAGGCCUACCAAUGGCUAAAGCAGACUAGGCUAAAAUCACAAGCUUUUAUGUGUGAGUUAUAACCUUGACAUGGAACCAUAUGGCGCAGUAUUUCGUUCGUUUCCGAGUCGUUUAAUCUUACACACUUUCGCAUAUAUUGCCAUAUCAUUGGCAUAUUAUAAUGAUCAAAAUAGAUAUCACACCUAACAUGAUUUUUUACAGCAUGUGUCCAAUAAUUACUGAACCUGUGAACUUACCUCUUAAAUGGUCAAAUCAGUGGAAGUAUGGGUCUUAGGAGUAAUUUAUAUAUUGUAUUAGUUAUUACAUCAGAAAUACAGCCUCGACUUCCCUAAGUGAUUUAAUUUCGCCAAGUCCAGUCUAUAACAUAGACAUGUCCUUCUCUGUAGUGCUAAACAAGUCACGUGAGGUCCAUAAAGUUAGUUUUAUGGUUUUGGGGGUUGACAAUGUGCAACAUAAUUCACAUUCUUGAAUGAAAGUGACGGUUUCACUGCUUCAGCGGGAUUCUAAAGGUUGUGGACGGUGUGUGAUAUGCUCUUAGUCAGUUACCUUCAACCACUCAAAAUGUCAUACACUCACAUGGCUACUCACUGUUAUUUUUCUGUUGGAUUGGGGCAAGACGUUUCAGAGUAAGUUUCCCUUCAUUCAUUAAUUGUCAGUUUGCAAGGAGUUGGGUUGUUUUAGAUAUUAAUAAAGGGGAAAUAGCCGAGAUAUUUUGAUUAACAUUCUGUCAUAAGAUUCAUUGUGAUGCUAUGCAAGUUUUACUUUAGUGCUGCGGAUAUCAUUUGUAUCAUAUGUCUGUAUAUAUGUGUGUGUGUGUGUGUGUGUGUGUGUGUGUGUGUGUGUGUGUGUGUGUGUGUUUGUGUGUGUGUACAUUAUUUAUGUCAACAUUUGCCGCCCUCAUCUGUGUAAAUAAACUAUCCAUAUACGUUGAAGAAAUAUGAAUGCACGUUUCACCAGGUAUUAAAUUCCUUUAUCCUAACUCGUUAGUUUUCUCUACAGAAAACCAAAACGUAAACGACCGUGUAAGCAAAACAGAAUUAAAUAGGCAAAAUAGAAUUAAUAAGCCACGAACAAAACUUAUUUUUAUUUAUUUGCCCAUUGUCAUUUCGACAAUGUGGAAGAGGAUAAAUGCAAUCGUUUUGCUGUAUUUUUUGCGAAAUUUGAUCAAACUGAAUGGAUUGAAUACAUGAUGUAACUGUGCCAAAUUUCUCCCGAUAAACACGGUUGCGUGAUUCAUAACUAUUAAAGUCUCAUUGUACUCCUAUAAUGUGUUUUGCAUAUUGAUAGGGGUAAUCUGUGCGCUGUUCUCAUCAAUUAUUCAUGGGGAAGGGAUCACUGCGAGGUCAUGAGACUAGUGCUGAACACAGAGACACACACAGUGCCAAGCUGCCAUUACAACAAAUGCAGGCUUAGGAUAUAUAGGCUUCCAUCACAUAUAUUGAAGUUCGUUAGAAACCUUUAAAUUCUUGUCAUAUUGUCCAUAUUCAUAUUUACUUCAUGGGCCAAAAAUAAAAUAAUUUUUAAUCGAAACAUUCUGUCGGAUCACUGUCUAUACGUAAAAUUAUCUGAUGUCCAUAAAUAAUUUAUUGUUUUAUAUUUCAUGCAAAACCUAUUAAAUAUUGCAAAAAAGGUCCAAACUAAAUCAGUGCCAGUCGUGUUUUAGACGCUGCCCAUGACUGAUGUAACGCUUCUGCAUGACCAGCAGAGCUCGCCUUACUCCGAGGUCCUAGUCACUCUGUCCUUCUUUCACUCAAACACCGUCAAUUUUGUUGUAGAAAAUCCCAUUUAUAUAAACCCAGGCAAUACCAACAGGUCCGGCCAUCCGAGACAAGUAGACUGUAACUUAAUAUAACUUACACAUAUGAACUGUAAGUUCAUAGUAGUAAGGAGAUGGUAAAAACAAUACCAACAACACUGGCUCUAUGUUUU